AGAUACAACUCUUGCACUGGGAAAGUUAUCACCGACAACAAGGGAGCCAUGACGGGCAUGACCAGGUGCGUUCAGCCGCUGGUGCGCUGCGAUGUACGAACUAAUACAUGUAUGCUGCUUCUCCUACUUAGAGUGGUGAUCAUCCAGGACGUCAAUAUCACGCAGAAGUAUCAGGAACUGCUGCGCAAGUUGGAGACGAUGGGUGGGGAGAAGCUCGGCCGGCAUGUAGUACACUGCCGUCUCUUCAACCGCAAGACGCUCAUGGGUAAACGAAUAUGAUAGUGCUGCCAGCCAGUAGAGGUGGAUCUGCUGUACUAAUGAGCUGUGGGGUGUUUAGAUGGCUACGUCAACCAGCGCAUGUUCAUGCUGAGGAUGUCACAGAACGACGACCUGGUGUACGCUGUGCUGGCCAACGAAAAAGCACACGGCAUAGCGCCCAGUGACAAUGGAAUCGAAGGGCUCAUGGAGGACUGCUCACUGCUAGAGUGUGGACUCGACGGCGCCAAUAUCCUACAGCAGGUGGAGAUCUACGCCUUCAAAUCGGACGGACAGUUUGAGGGUACGCAGUAUGUUGUGGGGGACUUUGUGGUGAGCGUUUGCACGUUCAUGUCCCGCAAUAAUCUUCCCCGAGGUCUCAUCAUCGAGGUUCAGUACUCGCCGUGCUACACGGUAUCUCAUGUGGACUUACUGAUCGACGAGUUCCUAAGCAACUUCGCCUCACAUGAACAUCUGCGCAAGCCUGUUGAUAAUAUGCCGGCUCUGUUCGAGAAGGUGGGACUGCCAAACAACGAGUACAGCCUCAAGCACACGGCAUUGCAAUACGUCGCCGCUUUCAAUAUCCUACGCAAGUUUGAAAAGUAAAGUGCACUUCAGUCUGCGAAUAAAGAAAUCCUCAACUAGUACAGGCUUGCAUUGCAGUACAGGCAAAAGAAAUGUAUUUGAGCAGAUGAAAAGCAAGUUGGUCCCUAACUAUUCCCUACUAAUCUAAGACGAAGAACUGGGGGAGAUGGCACUGCCGCC